AUGGAGAGUGGGCGUGGCCGGGACGUCACAUGCAAGGGGUCAAUAGACACGCCUCCUAUAGACACGCCUCCUAUAGGCACAGCUCUUAUAGACACGCCUCCUAUAGGCACGCCUCCUAUAGACACGCCUCCUAUAGGCACAGCUCUUAUAGACACGCCUCCUAUAGACACAGCUCCUAUAGACACAGCUCCUAUAGACACAGCUCCUGUAGACACGCCUCCUAUAGACACGCCUCCUAUAGACACGCCUCCUAUAGACACGCCUCCUAUAGGCACGCCUCCUAUAGACACGGAUCCUAUAGACACGGAUCCUAUAGACACGCCUCCUAUAGACACAACUCCUAUAGACACGCCUCCUAUAGACACAGCUCCUAUAGACACGGCUCCUAUAGACACGGCUCCUAUAGACACAACUCCUAUAGACACGCCUCCUAUAGACACAGCUCCUAUAGACAUGCCUCCUAUAGACACAACUCCUAUAGACACAGCUCCUGUAGACACGCCUCCUAUAGACACGCCUCCUAUAGACACGCCUCCUAUAGACACGGAUCCUAUAGACACGGAUCCUAUAGACACGCCUCCUAUAGACACGCCUCCUAUAGACACGACUCCUAUAGACACGCCUCCUAUAGACACGCCUCCUAUAGACACGCCUCCUAUAGACACGCUUCCUAUAGACACGCCUCCUAUAGACACGGAUCCUAUAGACACGACUCCUAUAGACACGCCUCCAAUAGACACGCCUCCUAUAGACACGCCUCCUAUAGACACGCUUCCUAUAGACACGCCUCCUAUAGACACGCCUCCUAUAGACACGCCUCCUAUAGACACGCUUCCUAUAGACACAGAUCCUAUAGACACAACUCCUAUAGACACGCCUCCUAUAGACACGCCUCCUAUAGGCAUGCCUCCUAUAGACACGCCUCCUAUAGACAUGCCUCCUAUAGACUCAGCUUUCAAGUAA